UUGAUUUGUGUUUUACUCUUGAUCUUCAUCGAUUGUUUUGCAGCUACUCACCGACAGAUACAGCAGCAGCAUUGGCGAUAGAUAUAGUCCGCACUAUUAUCAGUCGCCCAGCCGCCUGGAAACCUCGGAACAGACAACGGGACGGCAGCUGCAGCGCGUCCUGCACUACUCGAUGGCACCCUGCCGGACACUACCGGGCCUGAGGCGUGCCGAGUGCGCCAUACACGAUGUUGACUGUGAUGAAGUCUAUCCGGGCAUUUACAUAGGCGAUGCCGCGGCGGCCAAGAACAAAACCUAUUUGCGCUUGGCGGGCAUCACACACGUGCUGAAUGCCGCGGAGGGCUGUCGCUAUGGCCAGGUGGACACUGGACACAGUUACUAUCGGGAUAUGCCCAGCGUCAGACGUCAACAUAAGGAUUGCUUUUUUAGAUAUAUGGGCUUCCCGAUGAUCGAUGCGCCAACGACAGAUAUAUCCCGUUACUUCUAUGUGGCAGCCAAAUUCAUAGAUAGCGCCAUCAGCAGCGGCGGCAAAAUCCUGGUGCACUGCCUGGUGGGCAUGUCACGUUCGGCCACCUGUGUCCUGGCUUAUCUGAUGAUCUGCCGCAAAAUGUCCGCCGUAGACGCGAUACGUACGGUGCGCAUGCGCCGUGAAAUACGACCAAAUGAUGGCUUUCUGCAGCAGCUGGCCGAUCUCGAUAUGGAGCUGAAACGCAAAAAUCUUUACCCCUACUAAAACUAUAACAAACAUUAAAAU